AUGACACUAUCUUGUGGUAUUGAGGAUCUUAGCAACUUUUAUCUUCAAUUAGGUCUAAAACUUGCUCCAUCAACACAGCAAGAUUUCCCAUACAUUAUUCAACAAUUCCAAGACCAGAAUGGAAAUGUUCAAUUACAUUUGUCAGCUGCUUGA